CUCACCGAAACGGACGCCGAUUGCCGGAUGUUGUAGCGUAGCGGUCGGGAUAAUAGAGCUGUUUCAAUGCUGUUUAAGCCGAUGAGUAUCUGUUUAUGACGGAAUAAGAUAUAAGUUCACAGAAUGAGGACUUUUAUACCCGAAUUUUUCUUAAUCUGCGUCAUUUGUACGUUGACUGAAACGCAGGCGGAACUUAGAGGCACAGUCACUUAUAUGGAAGAUGGUGACAAUAUCGUAAAAGAAGUGAGAGGAUUGCACAUUUAUUGCUAUAGAGGAAGGCCGAAAUACUUGAUUCAUAUAUGGCAAACUGUACUGAUGAAUCUAGAUGUGAACGGAGAGUCGUAUAGUCAAUACGAUGGUAACAUGCCUGCGGAAGUAGUGAAAAAAUUUGAAGAACAUCGAUCUUCGUGGUCCAUAAAUUUUUUCAGUAGAAAGAAAAAGGAAAUCAAAUUGAAUCCAUUCCAGCAAAGUUGCAUUGGCAUUGAUACCAGUCAUGAAUACAGAAUAUCUGUAAAAUUGAUAGGAAUCGAUUUUUGGAAAGUCACGCUACUGAUAUUGGGUAUCCUGGUAUUCCUCUUGGCAAAAAAAUUGAGCUAUGAUCCCAUAUUUUAUUACAUAUGUGGUAUAACGCUUGGAAUUACAACUUCGUUACUUGUGUUUAUAUACCUCAUUAGUAGAUUACUUCCCAAAGGAAAAUCUAUGUAUUUAUUAGCUGCUGGAGGAUGGACAGUCAGCAUUUAUCUUGGACAACUGUUAUGGGAAAAUGCCCGAAUGAUUGUUAUGCAGUAUCGUGAAUAUGUAAUUUGGUAUAUAGUAAUCUCUUCUCUAGUAAGCUUUAUAGUCUGUUACCGAUUGGGCCCAGUUACGAACAAACGUACGAAAAAAAUCAUACAAUGGUUUUUACAGGCAUCAAGUCUUUUAAUGAUAUAUUGUAGUAGUUAUUUUGACGAGGCUGCUGUUGGAAUUUGCAUAUUGUUAAUUCUGGGAUACAAUUUUCCACAUGCCUUGAUGCAAAAGGGUAAAUCUUAUUGGAGAGCACGAUUUCCUAAACGCCGAAAAUUACUUACUGAGGAUGAGUAUCACGAGGAGGGAGUACGAGAAACAGAAGUAGCACUAAGUUCUCUGAGAGAGUUUUGCUCCAGCCCUGAAUGCAACCAAUGGAAAACAGUUCUGAGACUUAAAGAUCCCAUAAGAUUUGCUAACUUCAUGGAAGGUAAUUCACAUUUGGCAGAUGACGAAGUGUUGCAAUACGAGACUGAGACUACACGCCUGCUAGAAGAGUGCGAAUAUACCGAUGAUGAAGGUGGUUUAAUACUGACAGAUUCGGAUUAGGGCUCAAUGCUAAGGAAAAAAAAUAUUAGUUCUAAAUUAGGUAAGAGUAUUUCUUCUGGCUGUCUUAGUUGAGUGUACAAAACAGAAAAUAUGAGUAACUUCUGAGAAUCAAGAAGCUGUUUAUCAACUGAAGAAAUCAAGUAUUGCAUUAUGGUGAAAGAGUAAGAUGUGGAAGCGGCUGAGUAUUAGUGA